AUGGCGUCAACACCACCGCCGCCCUCACCUUCUGACCUUCGCAUACCCAGAGCGCCGCGACAUGGGGCAAAGCACGACGAAUAUGAACCUUAUCCCACACGUUAUUCCGCUAGACUUGCAGGUCAACGAGCGUCGAGGGCUGUCCAAACCACGCCGCCCCCAAGUCACCCAAGUGCAACUGCCAAACCUGGAACAUCUAAAAGAACUCUUUCGCCCUCUUCGCCUGGAACCGCCAAAGCCUCGCCUAAAAAGGCUGCACGCUAUCACAGAACUGCUGCCUCUCGGAUUUCCCCUUUUGAUUCCGAACUUUCACUUCCCCGCACUUCUGCACAACACACUUCCCGAUCCUCUGCAGAACAGGCUUUACCUACCCCAGCUAAAACCCCUUCAAAAAAGAAGGUUAUCAGUUCCAGUUCAUCUACGUCUCGUUCUCUGUUUCCCUCAAUCUCCACCCCAAAGCGCAGAAAAAUGGAUAAUCCCAAUCAUUCUGUCGCAGAUCCCCCAGCAAUCUUUGCCGAUGAGCCUCUGAUGGGAUACACUAUCCAAGCUACAGGACAAGAAUUGGGUAUCUCUAUUCAUGAGGAUUCACGUGAUCGCAUCCCUGUAGUCGGUCCACUUUCGACUGAUUCGUUCACUCCCAAGCCUGCAAGAGCUGUUGGACGACCUGCCACUCGCUCGACCACCAGCCUUCGCGAUGGUGCCUAUUUUGUUCACCGUGGAAAAAAAGUAUUCAAACGCUUUGAUGAUAUGGAAGAGGAGGGCGAGGAUGAAGAUGACCUUGGCCUUUUCGCCAGUCGCCCCGACCUGUUAGCUGAUAACCCUGACGUUCUGAGGGAUGUGAAGCCACUGAGACGUGGCGAGAUCAAACCUCGUGUCCUAUUUCCUACCGCCGUUGAGCCUACCCAUGGCGAAGAAGAAGAUGUCACCGAUGUUGAGGAUCAUGAGGAUCACGAGCCAAUGUCUCCAACCCCGGCUUAUGCAGACCUGUCAUAUUCUGCUCCUCCCAUGUUGCCAGAUACAGCUACCUCCUUUGAGUCUGAGGUCCCACCUAUCUCUCGUUCUGCCCCCGUUGGACGUACUGGCCUCUGUUUCCCUCGCACUACCGCGAGCUAUGUGCCACCUAUUCAGUCUACUUCUUCCUCCGAGGACCUUGCUUUCAACACUUCCACCGACGAAACGCUUCGGCCCCGAUGUCUCUCUAUCAGUAGCAGCAGCAGCAGCCUCCUGAAGUACUGGCCACCCGUCAGCAGGAAGACGCGGGAGCCCGACACCCGCAGCGACCGUGUGAAGCGCCUCCGCGAGGCCCGCGGUAGCCCUGGCCCACGUACCCGCCAGGCCCUACGCGCAGAAGCAUCUGCAGAAGCUUCGACCACCGAGCCUUCCACGUCCGACUCGUAG